AUGAAAACAAUAAUAAAAAUAGAGCCAAUGAGAAGGCGGUCCAAAAUGCAUUAAAUGCGGCAGAAAAUUAAAAAACCGUCCAAUUUAUUCACUAGACCCGUACUUUGCAAGCCAACCCUCUUCUCCUCAUUUUCACCGGCAUUUCCCGGUCUCCAUCACUUGUACCUGUUUCCCACACUUAUAUUUCCCCUUCAUUUCUCUCUCUCUCUCUCUUAUUUUUUAAACCAAACAGUCCCUUCUUCAUUCUCUCUUCAUAUUUUCUCUCUCCUCUAAAACCUCAAAUGAAGGAGGAAAGGAUUGCUUCUAUUUGAAAAUUUGAUGGAUGAUAAUAAGCAUAAGAUAAUUAGUGUUGAAGAAGUAGGCGGUCCGAAAAUGAUAGAUAACACCAACAACAGUAGUACGAACAACCACCACCUUAGUCAUAGUAUUAGUAGUACUAAUACUAGUACUAGUAAUCUUUCUAUAUUCUCCGAUCAGAUGAUGUUCGGAUACAACAACAACAACAGCUUAUUCGACGUUGCGGCCGCUACCCCAUUGGAUAUGUUGAUGAUGGGUAGUUUUGACAAAGGUAAUAAUAAUAACAACAACAAUUAUUUGGGGUUCAUGGAUAUGCUUGGAUUCCAAGAUUAUUUGGGCGGCGGCCCAACUUCCUUAUUCGAUCUGCUCCCACCCACCAAUAUUGCUACAACACUACCAUCAACAGCAACGACAACGGCACAAUCAUCACCACAAGUGAUAGUGCAGCAGCCGCAGCUGGCUGUGAAGACGACUCAAGUAUUAGAUCCGUGUUUAAGCGGCUGUUCAACAGUGGUCGUACCUGGGGAAUCAUCGGAGGCUGCCAAUACCCCCGCCACCCCUAAUUCUCUUUCCAUCUCUUCGUCGUCGUCGGAUGCUGUCAACGAUGACCUGCCUCAACACCAGAGUCAGACUGCCGACGAUGCUCAUGAUCAUCAUGAAGAGGACAAGUCUAAGAAACAGUUGAAACCAAAGAAGAAGAACCAGAAAAGGCCCAAGGAGCCGAGAUUCGCGUUCAUGACAAAGAGCGAGGUUGAUCACCUUGAUGAUGGCUACCGUUGGCGAAAGUACGGCCAAAAAGCCGUUAAGAACAGCCCUUUUCCACGGAGCUAUUAUCGUUGCACCACAGCAGCAUGUGGGGUGAAGAAGCGAGUGGAGCGGUCUUCUGAUGAUCCAUCCGUGGUGAUGACCACCUAUGAGGGGCAACAUACUCACCCGUGUCCGGUGAUGACUCGUGGAGGGAUUGGUAUUGGCAUCGGGAUGGGGAUGUUCUCGAUGCCAAACCAUCUGAAUCAAUGCAGCACCGCUCCCACCACCCCAUCUGCUUUUGGUGGAAGCGGUGCUGCUGCAUCCUCCACUCUUCUCUUCCCACACCCUCAACACUACCAUCAGUCUAACAAUCUCUAUUCUCAACAUCAGCAGCAGCAAUUUCCGAGUUUCUUUCAUAACCAAACUCCAACUUCCUUGAGCUUCUCAGCUAGUGGUGGCGGCGGCCAACAACACCCUAACUCGAUUGCUCUUCAGAGAGACAUGCGUCCUCCUUGUUCUUCCUCCUCGAACCAGGUUAGAGAUGAUGGACUUCUUCAGGAUAUUGUGCCUUCACAAAUGCGUAAUGAUCAACAACCAACUAAAGAAGAAUAGAAAAUCUCGGUUUUUAUAUAAAUUCUCUAUUCAGAUAAAACUAUGAUGUUGGGAUUUUUGUCACAUAGUAGUAGUAAUAGUAGUAUAUCCCUUUCCUUUUUGUGUCUUUAUCAUUUGCUUAAUUAGUUUUAAGUAGGCAUAUUAGCGCGCUAACUUUCCAAGGAGGAGGAAGAGGAGGAGGAAGGAGACCUAAUCUUCAUCGUUUCUUAAGAUCAGAGGCCCUCAGUAAUUUUGGUUGAAGAUUCUAGUUGAGGGGUAUGUAAACACUUUCAUGGUAGAUUGGGUUCAUGAAAUUCCUAUAUUCUUUUCUUCUUUUAUAUUUUCUGUAUAUCAGGCUCUUUCUUAAUCAAAUCUCAGUUAUUAUGAAGAUCAUUCAGCAGUAAAUUUUUACUCUUGUA